AUGGCAAGGAAGCAACUGGAGAAGAUGAUCGGCAAAUCAGGGCACGGGUUUCAAGUCAGGGUACACAUAUCGAGGAAGCUUGAGAAGCUAAAGCAAGUUCCUCCAAAAGAGAGCAAUGGUUAUCUGAGGGUUCAAUGUAAUGGUGGUCUGAAUCAACAGCGCAGUGCAAUCUGUAAUGCAGUUCUUGCUGCACGAAUUAUGAAUGCUACACUCGUGCUGCCUGAGUUGGAUGCAAACUCCUUUUGGCAUGAUGAGAGGUACAGUGGUUUCCGAGGCAUCUACGAUGUUGAGCACUUCAUCAGAGCAUUGAGGUUUGAUGUACGGAUUGUGGAAAGCAUUCCGAAAAUUCCUUCGCCCCCUAGAGAUGCUCUGAUUAGUUGGUACACAACAGUUGCUCUGGAGAAGAUGAAGGAACAUGGUGCCAUAUAUCUGACUCCUUUUUCACAUCGUCUUGUUGAAGAGAUUGACAACCUUGAGUACCAAAGAUUGAGAUGCCGAGUUAAUUACCAUGCACUCAGAUUUAAGCCUCACAUUAUGAAGUUAAGCAACUCAAUACUGAGUAAACUUCGUUCAGAAGGUCGUUUCAUGUCAAUACAUCUCCGUUUCGAGAUGGAUACGCUGGCUUUUGCUGGAUGUCUAGAUAUAUUUACUCCUGACGAACAGAGAAUAUUGAUGAAGUACCGCAAGGAAAAUUUUGCAGAGAAGAUACUUGUUUAUAGUGAAAGAAGGGCCAUUGGAAAAUGUCCGUUGACUCCAGAAGAGGUUGGUCUCAUCUUGCAUGCUAUGGGGUUUGACAAUUCCACUAAGAUAUACCUUGCAGCUGGUGAAUUAUUUGGUGGGAAGCGAUUCAUGAAACCUUUUCGGUCCAUGUUUCCUCGCCUUGAGAAUCACAGCACAGUUGACCCUAGUGAGGAGCUAGCAGAGAAUACUCGUGGCCUGGUAGGCUCUGCUGUGGAUUACAUGGUUUGUCUUCUAUCAGACAUCUUCAUGCCAACAUAUGACGGGCCAAACAACUUCACAAAUAAUCUCCUUGGACACCGUCUCUACUAUGGCUUCCGGACUACAAUCAGACCUGACAGGAAGGCUCUUGCCCCAAUCUUUAUUGAUAGUGAAAAGGGCCGAACAGCUGGCUUUGACGAAGCUGUUAAGCGUGUGAUGCUACAAACGAAUUUUGGUGGGCCUCACAAACGGGUCCCACCUGAGUCUUUUUACACCAACUCUCGGCCCGAAUGUUUCUGCCAGACAUCAACACAGAAUCAAGAUGAUAAAUGCCCACCAGACUAUGUUUCGGAAAAGUUGCAUAGCCAACUGGAGGGUGAAACCACCAGUGAUUCAGAUAUGUUGGUUCAAUCAAAUUCGACAAUAUCCAUGGCUGAUAGAUAGGAGAUUGACUCUAACGUAGUCAUUGUGGUCAUACUAAUCCCUCAGUGAUAGAUGCCAUGAUGAUACCAGACACUGGGUAAUGGAGCGUUUGUUUUUGCUGGUUCAGCUUUCAGUUCUCAUUGCAGGUGGCAUCGUACGAGAUCAUUGAUCUCUCUGUCUUUGGUAUGGAUGACUGGCGAGUAGAUCAUGUUUGACUUUCGAAAGCGAGAGAAAAUGGAGAAUAAAUCAUUGGGUUGAAGGGAGUGCCAUUUUGUUCACCCUAGGGGUAAAAUGGUCACUUUGGGCCUCCAUACCCAUCACCCCAUUUCUCUCUUUUCUCCCGCCAUUGACUCGUUGAUCGUUACUCACUGCUGUUGCCUCUCCUUGUUGCCUCACCGACUUGCUACAUCUCGCCUCAUUGUUGUGCAGUGACUAGAGGAAAGAGAGAGAGAAAUGGCAAGGCAAGGCGGCACAAUGGCCGGCAAGGUAGCGGCGGGAGAGAGAAAGGGAAUGGGUAGAGAGACCCAAAAUGACUUUUUACCUCCAAGGUGAACAAAAUUGCACUCAGGUUGAAGGGACCAUAAUGGGGACCAUAAUGAUAUUUUGAGCUUGUGUUACUCUUUAUUUGCAUUUGUGUCAAAGCUGGACCGUAGAAAGUGAUUGGCAUUCAGAAAAAAAUAUCCAUGGUUUAAGACCGCGGCUGAUCCUUGAAAAGAGUUUGAAUUAUAUGAAUGCAAUGCCUUUUGUUAUGGAGUGCAUAUUGUGUAUAAUCAGGAAUUUUGUAUGGAAAGUGGACAGAUCUCCGCAUCAAAUGCAAAAUUAUCUUAGAAAUGAAAAAUGGAUGUAGGGGUGGGGUGGGGGG